UUAUGUACUAAAUAUAUUAACAUAAUAACGUAAUAGGGUGAUUUUAACUUGAGUUGGAGGUCAUCACAUGACGCAGGCGUCCUCAUCAACGGACUAGCUGCCAUGUCUGCUGGGUUACUCCACAGAAGAGAAUUUAAACUCACCGUCGUCGUCAAAGUCCCUGGACUCGCAGUAAUUGACAGUCUUUGUCUUCCUGAGUUGGGGUCCAAUAACAACACCUCAUCCAUGCUGAGGCACCACCGUGCCUUGCAAUGAGAAGAACUGGAGCUUCAGCCAGCCAAGUCACAGUGAUGUCAUUUAGAGGGAUGACAACGUCAGCAGCGCCAAGGUGAGCUGCCUCUGCGGUGUCCCUCCAUCGGCCGGCCGGCAAACGAGGCGGCGAAAGAUGCUCGUCGCCACCGGCACCACUUCAAGCUCGGACUCGCUCCCUCCCUCCCGGAUCCCGGGCCAUGGGGCCUUGAGUUGCCUUCACCCCCCCAAUGUCACAGGACGAGAAGUAGGACGAGGUGCGUUUUUAGGGCAGGUGACAGCUUGCCCCCCCGAGUUGGACUGCGCAAAGGCGCCUCUGCAGCAUGACGAGCGGGGCCAGGACGCUGCCGGCCGCUCUGCUACUCUGGACAUGUCUCUGGGGGGUGGUCGCCCCGAAUAGGACUAAUGGCACCGACUUGGAGCGGCGCUGGGAGACCUUGUUCUCCCGGUCCUACCUCGGCCUACCUGGGGGGCGGGCGGAGCUGAGUUGGCAGAGCGACUACCUGCAGGGCAUCAAGCGGGUGCGCCGCCUCUACUGCAACGUGGGCAUCGGCUUCCACCUGCAGGUGCUGCCGGACGGAACUAUCGGCGGUGCCCACCUGGAAGACCCGUACAGUCUCAUCCAGAUCGCCAGCGUGGACCGAGGAGUGGUCAGCUUGUUGGGCGUAAAGACGGAGUUCUUUGUGGCCAUGAGCCGCAGGGGGAGGCUGUAUGGGACGAGGCUGUUUGGCGCCGAGUGCAAGUUCAAGGAGACGCUGCUGGCCAACAACUACAACGCCUACGAGUCUUUUGUUUACAAGGGCUUCUACGUGGCCCUCAGCAGGCAUGGACGUGCGCGGCGAGGCGACAAGGCCACCACCGCCUCCACCGGCACGCACUUCCUCCCUCGGCUGUGACGCCACUGUUUGCACACGUGGACUCUUUCUUUUCUCCAGGUAACACACCACAUAGACGCCAAUGUGACCGGGCCGGGAGGGGGCCCAAAUAUUUCUUCUAUGCUAUCUUUGUACUUGUAUGCCACACUGUGCUGCUUCUUGGGCAUUCGGUGCUUGCUCAAACUACACCCUACGGACAAAAGUAUCGGGACACAUCUCCACCUUUUCCUCCUGCAGGUGUCCCAAUACUUUAUUCCGCAGAGUCGACAUGGAAGAAAAGCAACUUUAAUAAAUGUCUCGAAUUACCUCAAAGCACAGCGUUACUAGAUGAAGGCUGCAUGGGUGAGUGUGAGCGUGUGACUUCAAUGCACUACUUUGCUUGGAAGACUUAAAGGUGCCUUGGUGUCAACCCCCCACACCCCCACCCCACAACCCGCCCCUUUCAACUAGCAUGUAAGAGACACCCGACAGAGUCAAAAAUAGGAAUGACGACCCAGAACCUGGGCCUCAAGCUGGCGGGGGGAUUUAAAAGAUCUCUGGUUCUUUGCUGUAAUUGGAUCGAUUAAGUAAUGGAGAGUGAGACCUCCGUAGAUCUUCCAUACUUGACAAGGAUCAAAUGUGAGCUGUAGAAAUGUUUAGAAAUAAAAGUGUAAAUAUUACUUUAAAAUCAUGUAAUGCUUUAGUCACAAUCAAGAAGGAGGGGUGUGUCCUUGACCUUUAACCUUUCAGUGUGUGUGAGAUUGGUGAUGAGUGGGUGGCAUGCAGGAUGCAGUAAAAGGUCAAUGCAGCAAAUGAUGUCAUGGGUUAUUCUAUUGUGGUCACUAGCAAGCCAAGACAAUAAAAUAAUUGAUUAUUAUUUUUUAAAUGAAACUGGCUGAGGCUCGGAGCUAACUAUCUUCAUCAAGUGCGAGCGCAAUGAACACACGUCGACAUGUAAAAACAAUCCACGGACAAAGUCAGUCCAGUACAUACAGUGGUGUGAAAAAGUGUUUGCCCCCUUCCCGAUUUCUUUUUUUUUUUUUUGUCACACUUAAAUGUUUCAGAUCAUCAAACAAAUGUAAAUAUUAGUCAAUGACAACACAACUCAACACUAAAUGAAGUUUUUAAAUGAAACUCUUUAUUAAGGGAGAAUAAAAAUCCAAAGCUACAUGUCCCUGUGGAAAAAGUGAUGGCCCCCUAAAGCUAAUAAGUGGUUGGGCCCCCCUUAGCAGCAACAACUGCAAUCAACCUGCAAUGAGUCUCUUCCAGCGCUGGGGAGGAAUUUUGCAGAAUUGUUGUCAUUCAUGAAGCGCUUUUUUAAGGUCAUGCCACAGCAUCUCAAUAGGAUUCAGGUCAGGACUUGGACUAGAUCACUCCAAAGUCUUCAGCCAAUCAGAGGUGGACUUGCUGGUGUGUUUUGGAUCAUUGUCCUGCUGCAGAACCCAAGUUGCUUUCAGCUUGAGGUCACCAACAGAUAGCCGGACAUUCUCCUUCAGCAGAAUUCAUGCUUCCGUUUAUCACAGCAAGUCUUCCAGUUCCUGAAGCAGCAAAACAGCCCCAGACCAUCACACUACCACCACCAUAUUUUACUGUUGGUAUGAUGUUCUUCUGAAAUGAGGCGUUAUUUUUACGCCAGAUGUAAUGGGACACGCACCUUUCAAAAAGUUCAACUUUUGUCUGGUCAGACCACAGAGUAUUUUCCCAAAGGUUUUGGGGAUCAUCAAGAUGUUUUUGGCAAAAUUGAGAUGAGCCUUAAUGUUUUUGUUCAGCAGUGGUUUUGGUCUUGGAACUCUGCCAUGCAGGCUGUUUUUGCCCAGUGUCUUUCUUAUGGUGGAGUCAUGAACACUGACCUUAACUGAGGCAAGUGAGGCCUGCAGUUCUUUGGAUGUUGUUGUGGGGUCUUUUGUGACCUCUUGGAUGAGUCAUUGUUGCACUCUUGGAGUCAUUUUGGUUGGUCGGCCACCCCUGGGAAGGUUCACCACUGUUCCAUGUUUUGUCACUUCUGGAUAAUGGCUCUCACUGUGGUUAGCUAGAGUCCCAAAGCUUUAGAAAUGGCUUUAGAACCAAUUAAUCUGUUAUGUUUUAACACACCUUUUCACACAGGGCUGUGUAGGUUUGGAUUUUUUUCUCCGUUAGUAAAAAAAAGUUUCAUUUAAAAACUGCAUUUUGUGUUGAGUUGUGUUGUCAUUGACUAAUAUUUACAUGAGUUUGAUGAUCUGAAACAUUUAAGUGUUGUCAAACAUGGAAAAAAAUAAGAAAUCAGGAAAGGGGCAAACACUUUUUCACUAAACUGUACAUGCUAACUUCACCCAGCCUGGGGAACCUCACUCCAUCCUGCACCCAUCCAUAAGAACAGAAGGUCUGACAAAGUCCAUAUUAUGAAAUAUAAAAUGCCAUAAAUUCAUAAUUUCUUAGACCCAUCAAAUUCACGUGGCGCCAAAAAAAAAAAAACAAGUCAAACAAAUGAAAUUCAAAACUUGCAUGAGCACUUCUCUUGUUGAGCAGCAAUUUCUGCUUCCUGGUUGUGUCAAAAUAAACAUCAAUAAAACAACAUGGAGCCGCUUUCAGCCUCGACCAAAAAUAAGUUGAUGUUUUUGUUUUGUUGUUGUUUUUUUUAAAAGAAGGAUAUAAUAUAUUCAAUGUACUGCUGCAUGAGCCCAUAUGAGCGCCGUCACCUGCUGCCUUAUAGUUUGGAUGUAUCUUUAUUUUUGUACAUAUGUGCUGUGCACAGCCCUCCACUGUAUUCCUGAUGACAAACCAAUAAAAAAACAAAUUUUAGAACUGGUC